AUCUUCGAUAUCACCAACAACCAACACUCUGCCUCAACUGCUUUCUCCUUCUUCUUCCAUCUAAACCCUAAUUUGCUCUCACCAUCUUCAAUCAUUCAUCUUGUUCACUGUCGAUAAUCGUAUCGAUUUAGCAAGUAUGAAGGACAAGAAAUCUGCAAAGUUGAAUCCUCAACAUAAACAAGAUCAGAACGGCCACUUAUCUCCGUCAACGUUCGCCAAAUUGCUUGAUCCAGAAGCUUCUUGGGAUAAGGACCAAUUAGGAGAUGUACUUCACUGGAUCAGGCAAAUAGUGGCCCUUGUAUGCGGCUUACUGUGGGGUGCAAUUCCUUUGGUCGGGGGUAUCUGGCUUGUCACAUUUCUGGUUAUUUCUUCUGGCAUCAUCUAUGGUUAUUACGCAAUCAUACUCAAGGUUGAUGAAGAAGAAUUCGGUGGUCAUGGACCUCUUCUUCAAGAGGGUCUUUUUGCUUCCGUCACGCUCUUUUUGCUGGCUUGGACUCUUGUUUACAGCUUGGCACACUUUUAAUGUAUUCUAGUUCAGUCACAUGAGGUGCAAAGCAAAAAUCUGAAGUUUUGGUAUUUCAAGUAUUGAACUUUUAACAUUUGACCUUUUCAUAAUUGUGCAUUAGUUGGUGGAUUAAACCUUUUAAACUAACCACCUUUUUUGAUAAUUAUAAGCCGGACUUUGUUUUCUUUAUCAUUUUGUCUUAAUGCAAUGUUUUCGUAA